CUGGGUAGAAGAAAGAAAACACAAGACAGUAGGCGGCGCCGUUUUGAAGUAAGGUUGUGUUUGCUUGCGUUGCGAAGCCUGUUGUGUCACUAUUGAAACUUGAAUCCCCUCUUCAACGCCGUGGUGAGAGUCUCAGUCGCCGCUAUGUUCCGCAGAAUCUUGUCCCAUCAUCGCACACUCUCAGCCUGCGCCCACAAUGCAACAACACGCUCUCUGGCCACUCGCCGCCACGCCCCCAAUGUCCCUCCACCCCCUUCCUUCCUAAUCCCACGAUCAAGGCCCCUUUCUUCCAAAACAUCCCAAUCCAACGAAGCCGCUGAAAGCUCCAAUAAGGCCAAAAAGGACGUGGCAAACGUUGAAGAUCCCUUUAGUGCCCCUACCUAUAACAUUCCGGAGAAGCCUGUGACGUUUGUGGAGGGAGCGUCCUACAGUGUUGUCAUUCUUGCGGGACUCGGAAUCGCUGCUGCUGCCGGAUAUGCUGUUUUCAAAGAGCUUAUUUUUCAACCUAAGGAGUACAAGAUCUAUAACAAGGCUCUCAAAAGAAUUCAGGAUGAUGGUCAGGUACGGGUGAGGAUUGGAUUUCCAAUUACUGGUUAUGGUCAGGAGAGUAGAAACCGAGCUGCUCGCCAAAGAAUUCCUCACAGGGUAUGGACUGAUGAGGAAGGUGUUGAGCAUGUGGAGGUUAAUUUUUAUAUCCGGGGCCCCCAUGGGCAUGGAAAAGUAUUUGCGGAAAUGUUCAAAGGCACUGACAACGAAUGGAAGUUUACUUACUUGAUUGUUGAGAUUAGAGCACCAUCUACUGCACAAAUAAUUCUGGAGUCAUACAUUCCAUCUUACAGUCCAACCAAGUAGCCUAGAUGAUAUAAGGUCUUUAAUAUUUGGUCCAUUAUGGAUGCUGCAUUUUUCAGCUAUCAGCAUUGACCACCUUAGCCAGUCCAUGUUUCAUGAGGGAUGAAAGUUGAAAGAAGGAAAGACAAUUAAAGAAAGUCAAAUAAUGUGAAAAACAGGAUCGCAAGUCUCAGGUUCAGUAUUUUUGUUUUUUUGUUUUUCCAUUUAGAACCUGCGGAUUUGGGGAAAAUUUUUGGGCGAGGAUCUUAGUAACGAUGACCGGAGCAAUUUACUUUGUCCUUGACAGCUAUUGAGAAAUCCGUAUACCAAUUUGUUGUUAUUGCUGACAAUUCAACUUGGCUUGGUUUGUGAAAGUACAUUGAGUAGCUGGUUGUAGAAUGCAAAUUUUUAAGGAUGAAUAUAAGGGGAUUGUAGCCAAAAACCAAAAUUGAUAUGGAUCAUAUAAGAUCGAUAUUCGAUUGUUACCGGAGAGAUGGUAUGAAUGUUAGACUAAUUUCAACUAUUUUGACACCCCAA